ACAGCAGAGAGACAACAAUUGCGCGCAACUGUUAGUCUCGUGUAAACCCACCUUUAGUCUAUGUCGAUAUCUGGGAGUUCUAGUGUUGAACCCGAACCUUUAAUUAAGUUCCAGGCUACUCUUUCUACUUCCUCAGUCUGGAAAGGAUAAGUAAAAAGAAAAUUUCAAGCAAAAAAAAUCUACUAUUCUUUUCUAAUACUAUAGACAAAUCAAAAUGUGAUUCGUUAGGAAAUUAUGCUGCGAGUUAAUUCUACAAUUGUCAACUCUUGUUUUAUUGGAAUAAAGAGGAAUGCCUGAAUGUCAAGAUUAUUUCAAGGUCCAAAGCACCAUUUUUACAAACAUGUUUCGUCAUUUCUUAGACAUCGCACAAAUGGUAAAAAAAUUGUGGAUAUUCGCGCUUCUGUUUUACUGUUUGUGUAUAAAAGAUUUCAUCGAUAUCUACAUCUAUUCUAUUCUCAAAAUCACCGAGAGAACAUUAUGGAUGCUUCAGGCAGUAGGUUUGUUCCGAAAAAUAAACGAUUCUAAGUUUUCUCGUUUAAAUAAAAUUGCGCAAACAGACAUCAUCAGAAAGAGAGAUGCACAGAGUUCCCCAUUUGAAUGUCAUAGAUAUAAAAAACUAUACACUUCACUACAAACGAGUCCGCCAUGCAAGCUAAAGUUAUCGCUUUCUCCUCCGAAAAUCCAAACUGAAAAUGAUGAAAUAAAAACUGCAGAGAUAUCGCAUAAAUUGCCAGAAAAGCAACUCGAAAACUCUCCAGCUAUUUUGGAACUUGAGGCAGAAAUUCCAAAAACAGAAGCAUUCCCUUCAGCAAUCUAUUCUCAAACCCCACUGUGCAAUAUAAAUUUAUCCCUCACUCCUACUGUUAAAAGUAAAGAAACAGAUAAUUUAUCACCAGAAGAGAGGAAUUUUUUGAAAAGAAAAUGGCAGAGUUGGAAGUUGAGACAAUACAUCCGUAAAAUGAAAACCCGACCCAUUUUCCUUAAAUAUGAAGAAAAUUCUGAGGAAGUUUUUACAUGCCCAGAAAAUACAACAUUUAGUGAAUGGAGCCCUGACGAUCAAAAGAAAAGGUUAUGUGAAGAACCAGGUACCCCAAACAGGCAUGGUUGUUGCCCCUCAUUGGUAACGAAGUUAAAAUCCAAACUACAUCGGGAAAGCGAUGGUCCUUCAAUAUAUUACAAACGUUUUUAGAUGCUAUGUAUUUAUUUUCUUGUUCUUUUUUUUACGUUCUAUUCCGUACAUUUAAAAAAAAUUCGUUGUAUUUUGUUUAAAGUCUAACAUUUUAAUAAACAUUUGAUAUUCGGCCUUUCUUUCCUGAUCUGGUUGAAUAUUAGUGUAAAUGUUUUAUGACUGUGUAUAUGCAAUGCAUGUCCAUUAUUUUUAUGUUUAUUGACAAAUUAUUUUUUUAAUA